AUGUUUCCUACGGCGAAUAUUCCUGAGUCAUCAAACAGUCCAAGAUCUAUCUAUCUAUCUAUCUAUCUAUCUAUCUAUCUAUCUAUCUAUCUAUCUAUCUAUCUAUCUAUUUCAUUAUUUUCUUAUCUAUCUAAUUUUGUUCCUAUCAAUCUAAUUUUGUUCCCAUCUAUCUAUCUGAUUUUGUUCCUAUCUAUCUAUCUAUCUAUCUAUCUAUCUAUCUAUCUAUCUAUCUAUCUAUCUAUCUAUCUAUUUGAUUAUGUUCCUCUCUAUCUAAUAUUGCGUCCUACCAUAAUUUCUUCUUCCUCUUCUUCUUCUUCUUCUUCAAUUCUUCUUCUUCUUCUUCUUCUUCUUCUAUUCAAUUUCCUCAAUUUCGUUUACCAACCUUCUUAUUAUCAUCUUCUUUUUCUUCUUCUUCUUCUUUUUUCUUCUUCUUCUUCUUCUUCUUCGUUUCUUCUUAUUGACAUUUCUUCUUCUUCUUUUUUUCUUACCAACUUCUUCUUUUCUUCUUCUUCUUCUUCUUCUUCUCUUUCUCUUUUCUUCUUACCAACCUUCUUCUUCUUCUUCUUCUUCUUGUUCUACUUUUCAUUUUCUUUUUCGUCUUACCAACCUUCUUAUUAUCCAUCUUCUUUCUUCUUCUUCUUCUUCUUCUUCUUCUUCUUCUUCUUCUAA